AGAUCAAACAAUCUUUGCAUGGAUAACACAAUGCCUAACCAUUUGACUAAAAAGUUUUAGUUAUUGAGAUAAGAGCCGGUGUGCUGCAUUGAAAAGUAGGUCUGUACUUACAAAAAAAUACGUUUAAGGACAAUAAUACUGUAGAUAAAAACAAUAUUAUGUAUUUUAUGUAUAUGACAAUGAAAUAUGUUAGAGUUACCCAAACACUUCCUGUGUGGGUUUAUGAAACAAGGGGUCGUGGGCUGGUGGUCUUGUGGCAAGAAUAACUGAGGUGCAUUUGAUUUUUCAAUUUAAUAGGAUCCAAAAAUCUAAAACCUCACCUUAUCACAAAACAAAAGGAAGUGAAAAGGAAAGAAAAAACCUGUCAUGCUGCUGCAAGUGAGAAUGAUAAAAGUCUUCCUGUCUGUACCUCCCCCUGAAAGCCAGACGCGUUCUCAUAAACAACUGUAUGAUAGUGCAAAGCAUAAUUCAGCAGAAACGAGAAAGUGGUUGCAUAUCUGGUGGCUCCAUUUGCUGUCACGUCCGCUGUCAUGAAGUGUGACCACAAGAAAUUUAUUUUACUUCUUUCAUUCGCGGUGUAUUUGAUUCUUAAAGUGGAAUCGAAGCAUGAGAAAGAAAUAACAGUUAGUGUUAUAACAGGAGAUAAUGUGACAGCUAACUUCACGUUUAAACAUUCUGGUAUCAACAGUCCAUCCAGCGUACUUACUUUGUACAAAAAUGACAACAAGAUAGAAAGUUGCAAACAAACUACCAAAAAUUGCUUUGUAAGGUUUGUAAUCAGUAAUGUGGAUGAAAACAACACUGCAACAUUAUACAUUAUAAAUAUCACAUCGGAAGAUGAUGGAAAAUAUUACAUUGGUCUGCACGAUGAUGUCAAGCCUAUGAUUAUAAGCAAUGAAAUCUUUACAAUUAAACCACGUGAUAAAACAAACGAAAGCAGCACGACAUCUGUGCCUAAAACCACAGUAAAUGACUCCCCUAAACCAGAGGAGACAUCUGUACAAACCUUCAUUUACAUCAGUGCAUCAGUCUUAAUGUUUAUAUGUAUAUUUGUGGGCCUGCUGUGUUGGUUUCAUAGGACCUGCUCAAGAAAACCAGCCACAGAUAACCCUCAAGCCCAAAGCAAUGGCACAACACAAGGGGAUUUGGGGAGAUCUGGCGGUGUGUCCGUCAGCUGUGUGGAAUACGGCGAGUUAGACUUUCAAAACCGACCCACAAGAGAUGACAGAGUAAAACAUGCCGAGGUGACAUCAAAGGACCAAGACAGCGUGGAAUAUGCUGCUAUCAUUUUCCCUCAGCAAAAACAAAUACCAGGUGGGCGGAUGAGAGAUAAUCAGCGAGCACAUCCCGUUACCAGAUAAACAUUGCAUAAAGUGUCCACUAAGCAUUUUUUUUACUUUUUUGUGCACCUAAUGUAUAAUACUUUGGGAGGUUUAUUUUGUUAUACUUGAUUAGAAAAAGGACAUUCAUAAAUUUUUCUGAUACUGUUAACUUGUAACAAGUGCCUACGCACAUCAUACAUGCUUCUCAUUGUUAGUUAAGGCAUAAUGACACUGUAAAAAUGUCACUGAGUGCAACACUUAGUCACAUAAUGAGGUGCUAACCACAGAAGCCCCCUUGAAGGAAUUGCUACUUGAAUAUUGCUCUGUUUUUGUUUUAUGUGGUGCCCACAGGCUUACUGUACUUCAUUCUCGCGGUGGUCGCUAAAUUGCAUGUGGCCUUUAAUCAUUUUUUGAGUGGGCUGCUUCUAUCCUGGGCCUAAUGAGUAGAAUUUUGAGAAGCUUAUACACGGUUUCAGCAGUAACAACAUAAACUAAUAAAUAAAUAACAACAAAGUACUUUAAACGUAGUUUAUAUAUAUAGAUAACAAGCAAAAUAAACAACACGUAGAUUACCUACACUGAAAAAAAAUUCUGUAGAAAUUACAGUAUUACUAGGUAUUGCUGGCAACUACCUGCCAGUAACUUACUGUAGAUUUUACAUUUAUGUUAUUUACUGGCAACAGUUUGUUCAAAGUUAAAUGAACAUGAAACAUUUUCAGUCUUUAUCUUCUACAGUAAGUUACUGGCAACCAGCUGCAUAAUUACAGCUAAUUUUUUACAGUG